AUGCAGGAUUUUUGGACUGGUACUAUUAGCAUUGGUACGCCACCACAAAAUUUUACGAUUGAUUUCGAUACAGGUUCCAGCGAUCUUUGGGUGCCGAGUAUUCUAUGUACAGUAUCAUCUUGUACAAAUAAGAAUAAAUAUAACAGUGUCCAGUCAAGUACCUAUCGAGCAAAUGGAUCUCCAUUUUUGAUUACCUAUGGCGAUGGAUCGUAUGCCGUGGGGCAUUUCGAUAAUGAUACAGUCACAUUUGGUGGAGUACAAGCUCAAAAUCAGGUGUUUGCGGAAGCUACCAAUGAAUCGGGUUUUGUAAAUGACAUACGUGAUGGACUAUUAGGGUUGGCAUAUCCACGAAUAAGCAAUGGUGAAGCACCUGUCUUCUAUAACAUCUCAGGUGGUGAGUUAAUUGUGGGUGGAAUUGAUGCAGGAAAAUAUCAGGGUUCAAUCACGUAUGUCAAUGUCUCUCUCCAAGGCUAUUGGGAAUUUAAAAUGGAUAGUAUUUCGGUCGGUGGACAAACGUUUUGCACUAGCAAUGUUAACUGUUCCGCCAUUGCGGAUACGGGUACUACAUUGAUCGUUGGUCCAAAUGCACAAGUUCAAGCAUUAAAUACAUACCUGGGUGGUACGUACGAUCAAUCGAGUGGAUAUUGGACAAUACCUUGUAUGAACAGAAGUACCUCAUACUAUCCAAAUGUAACAUUUACAAUUAGUGGUCAAACAUUUACACUGAAUGUCUUACAAUAUGUCGUAGUAUGGGGUCAAACUAGUGCCUGGACAUGUGGACUUGUAUUUAUAAACGGAUCAUUUACAGAUCUUAACGGAAAUCCAAUGUGGAUUUUAGGUGAUUAUUUUCUUGUACGUUAUUAUUCAAUCUACAAUAUUCAAACGAAUCAAGUUGGCUUUGCUAAAUCUAUAUCGUAUACUGUUUUGAAUUCAUGGUAUUAUGAUUACACGCUGUUUCCAAAUGUCACAACACCGACAACAGCAGCAAGUACAAUCAUUGGUACAAUAAUCACAAGUUACUUUAAAAAUCGAAAAGGAAAGCAUGUAAAACAGAAACCCUAA